CGUGGGCGGAGACCAGGGGUGUCCGCGUCGCCGGGAGUCUGUGAGGAAUGCGGGGUGACAAGCCCGGGGAGUUAGCCUGUGCGCGCCCUGCUCCCGCCGCCUGAGUGCGCCCCGCACCGGGCUCCGUCGUCCGCCUGCGUCCCCGCCGGCAAGGACUGUUGGGAAGCUCUUGGGGGUUCUCAAGGAAGUGGGGUUGUGGGGAGGCGUCUCCCCCUCCCCUGGUUUGUUAACGGGCUCUGGUGGCGCAGUGGUUAAGCGCUCGGUUGGAACCCAUCAUCCACUCCAGCCACUCAGCGGGAGAAAGAUGUGGCAGUCUGCUUCCUUAAAGAUUACAGCCUUGGGAACCCUGUGGGGGUGGUUCUGCCCUAUGCCGCUGUCGUUAGGUGCCGUCGAGUCGAUUCUUACUCAUAGUGAGUCCAUGUACAACAGAACGAAAACACUGUCUGGUCCUGGACCGUCUUCAUAAUCGUCAUUAUGUUUGAGCCCCGUGUUACAGCCAGUAUGUCAGUCAUCUCGUUGAGGGUCUUCGUUUUUUUCCCUGACCCUGUGCUUUGCCAAGCAUGAUGUCCUUCUCCUGGGACUGGUCUCUCCUGACAUGUCGGAAAUUUGUGUGAUGAAGCCUCGCCAUACUUGAUUCUAAGGCGCUUUCUGGCUGUACUUCUUCCAAGACAGAUUUGUUUAUUCUUUUGGCACUUUUGGUGUAUUCCGUAUUCUUUACCAGCACCAUAAUUCAGAGGCAUCAAUUCUUCAGUUUUUCUUAUUUGUUGUCCAGCUUUCACAUACAUAUGAGGUGAUUGAAAAUAUCAUGGCUUGGGUCAGGCACGCCUUACUCAUACAAGUGAAUCAUUGCUUUUUAACGCUUUAAAGAGAUCUUUUGCUGCACAUUUGCCCUAUGUAAUCAGUUGUUUGAUUUCUUGACUGCUGCUUCCAUGGGUGUUGGUUGUGGAUGAUAUCCUUGACAACUUCAGUCUUUUCUCAGUUAUCAUGAAAUAAGAUUAUUGUGAGUGAUGUCUACCUCCCCUGGUUUAAUUGUUCAGGAGCCCCAGUGACACUUGGCUGCUACUUGAAAAGUCGGUGGUUUGAACCCACCAUUCACUCCGUGGACCAAUGAGCAACGUCAUGUUAAACGGAGAAGAGAUUGAAGUUGUCAAAGGUUUCAUUUUACUUGGAUCCACAAUCAGCAGCCAUGGAAGCAGCAGUUAAGAAAUCAAAAGACGCAUUGCAUUGGGCAAAUCUGCUGCAAAGGACCUCUUUAAAGUGUUGAAGAGCAAAGAUGUCACCUUGAAGACUAAGUUGCAUCUGACCUGAGCCAUGGUAUUUUCAAUCACAUCAUACACAUGUGAAAGCUGAACAAUGAAUAAGGAAGACAGAAGAAGAAUUGAUGUCUUUGAAUUGUGGUGUUGGUGAAGAAUAUUGAAUAUUCCAUGGACUGCCAAAAGAAUAACCAAAUCUGUCUCAGAAGAAGUACAACCGGAAUGCUUCUUAAAAGCAAGGAUGGAAAUACUGAGUCUUACAUACUUUGGACAUGUUGUCAGGAGGAAUCAGUCCCUGGAGAAGGACAUCAUGUUUGGCAGGGUACAAGGUCAGCGGAAAAGAGGAAGACCCUCAGCGAGGUGGAUUGACACAGUGGCUGCAACAAUGAGCUCAAGCGUAACAAGGAUUCUAAGGAUAGCUCAGGACCGGGCAGUGUUUCAUUGUGUUGUGCAUAGGGAUGCUAUGAGUUGGAACCGACUUGAAGGUAGCUAACAACAAUAACAAUCCAAUCUGUGGGAGAAAGAUGUGCCAGUCUGCAUCCAUAAGAUUAAACCGAAAAAAAACAGCCUUGGAAAUCUUGUAGGGUCGUUCUUUCCUGUGCUGUAGGGAUGCUGUGAGCCAGAUUGACUCCAUGACAGUGGAUUUGAUUUUCAGUUUAAUUGUUACAGGACUGCAACUUAGAUGAAAAAAUAAGAAACAUGAAUUGAAACUAGAAUGCUAAUUUAUGACCAUAGUUAUCCCCACUUUAGGAGGAAAAUACUGAUUAAGGGGCACAUUUCCAGGAAUUCACUUGGCUCUAAGGCAGAAAUUCCCGUCACAGUUGUGCCAAAGACAGUAUGGCCACGUGAUGUAGCUGAACAACGUCAACAUAGGAGACAGGCAGUUUAUAGAGAUCACACACCCAGUGUUUCUCCGAGAUCCUAAGCAUAGAUAGAGACAGGUUCUGUGCUGGACUAGAUGCUGAUGAGACAGCCGUAAUUUCUGCUUCCAGAUAAAAAAAAGAUAGCCACACUUAAUAGGUUGAAGGUUUUUUGCAGUUAAAAACCAGGCGUAUUUCCUUUGUCAGAGCAGCAAAUACUGGAAUUGAGGGCAAAACGAGAGGCGUGUUUUAUGGAAAUAUUUCGAUAUCUCCUGAUCAGCCGUGCUACAGUAUUGUUGAUUGUGCCUCAUUCUUUGAAAUAGUUGUUUUAGAAAGUACUUCUGUUUUAAGAAUAUGAGGUGUAUAGCUAUUGGAAAGUGUUCAUUUAUAAAACGUAACUUCAAACAUGAAAAAGUAAAAUUUUAAUUGAUGAUAAUGUAUAUAGAAUUUGUAAUAUAAAUGGAAAAUAUAUUUGUAUUUAAAGCAAACGUAAUAAUAUAGAAUGAAGGUAAUGUGUGUGUCUCUAAUCUGUGGAAGGUAAGAGUAACAAAAGGACACUCUUUUACAUACAGCAAAAGGUAGGAAGAAAUAUGUAGAGGCCAGAAAAUCAAACAGCAGCUGCGUAAAUUUCAACACUUAAAAUGUGUAAUUUUAAUCGUCCUGUUUGAGAAUCAUUGCUAACUCCAAAAUCAUUGAAGAGUCCAUUCUUUCAUUGCUGCAGUUUCUCAAACGUGAUUUUGUUUUUCUAGGUUAUCACUGCCUAGAAUUGGCAUUUAAUCUUUGAAAUGCCCACAUUCCUCCCUACAUCCCCAUGACAUCAAUCCCAUGUAGGAUGGAAGCCAUGUAUUUAUUUUCCUUUGGUAACAAGAUCUUACCUAAUCAAACAUCUGUGUAGCUCUCUCUCCUUGGGUGGGAGAAAAAAAAAAAAAAAAAAAUCUCACGAAAAAGAACCAAAAAAAAAAAAAACCCAUUGCCAUUAAGUUGCUUUUGAUUCAUACCAACCCUGUAGGAGAGAGUAGAACUCCAUAGGAUUUCCAAGGAGAUGCUGGUGGAUUUGAACUGCUGACCUUUUGGUUAGCAGCAAAGCUCUUAACCACUGCAGCAGAAAGAAAGAAAUGUAAAUUGCAAAAUUGACCAGAAAAAUGCAGAUCACUUUUACAAUGAUAUAAAUGAAAUGAGAAUUUUUUAAAAAAGAGUUUAACUUCACAUAUGAAAAAUCAAGGAGUCAUCAUGGAUUCUUUAAGCAAAGUUGAAAAAUAUGUUCUGGAAAUUCACCCAUGUUGAUAUCAAUUAUAAAUGUUUGUAUGGAUUUACAAGAAGCAAAGAUGCCCAUCUGAAAACAUAGUCUGACCCUUGGGCCUCUGACACCCUGUGGAAAUCAGGUUCAAAUUUUCUAGCCUGGCCAGGCCUGGAUGCUUCUCCUGCUCUGGGAUGAGGAAAUUGCUCCAUCUGUGAUUUCUGUGCCAUACGGCUGAAACCUGUAGAGCUGCAUGAAGAAUGCAGAUACCAUCAAGGUGGAGCAAUGCCUUGAGCCUGGGAGAAAGCCCUGCCCAGGCAAAGAGCUGAAGCCAAGGAUCUGAUACUCCUUAGUUACUCAACACCGUCUCCCCACACCAUUCCUCAUCUUCUUCCAUUUCAGGUCCCAAGUGUGAUCAGAAAGAAGUGGUCCAGUCUAGGCAGCUGUGGACCUAGGACGACCACCUAACACAUCUAUAAAAUCACGAGUAAGGAUUUCAACUGCUGACGGGCUGUGUAGACCAAACAUUAUUCAUCUGCCUCCAGACUUCCUAGUGGCUUUGCUUCCACUCCCAUCCUUCUUGCCUUCACUGGUUUCUUGGGCUGUAGAGAGAACAUUCGCUUAGACUUCAAGAGGCUGGAGGCAGGAAAUGGAGUCUGUGCUGUUUGAGGAUGUGGCCGUGGACUUUACCCAGGAAGAGUGGGCUUUGCUGGAUUCUGCUCAGAGAAAACUCUACAGAGAUGUGAUGACGGAAACCUUCAGGAACCUGGCCUCAGUUGUUUCUCAACAGGGUGAUAAAGGACAGAUAGUGUCCAGUGAACAGUUGAUAAUGCGAUUCAUGAGAGAGACCUCUUGGUACACCAUCUCAGGAGAAAUUUGUGAAUUCCAUGGCAUUGAAGAGCAGUGUAACAACCUGGGGAGUCAUGUGAGAAGGCUUACGGUUGAGGGCCUCCAUGAGAGUAAAGAAGGGAAAGUAAAUCAAAGGAAAGAAGGUCAUCAGUGUGGAAGAUCUUUCAGCAAGAUUGCACAUUUUACCAGGAUCAAAAGAACUCCUCCUAGAGAAAAUCCUCCUGAGUUCCAUGAGUGUGGAAAAGCUUCCAAGUAUCAGUCUUCAUUUAAAUGUCACAUCAGAUCUCAUACUGGAUGCGAUAACUAUGAGUGUAAGGAGUGUGGAGUGGCUUGCAGUUGUUCCUCUUACCUAAAAACUCAUGUAAAAACUCUUACUGGACAGGAAAUUGAUAAAUGUAAGGAAUGUGGCAUCACCUGUAGUUGUUCUUCAUCUCUUGCUACACAUACAAGAAAUCAUUGUAGAGAGAAGCCAUAUGAAUGUAAGGAAUUUGGGAAAGCUUUUGGUCAGUUCUCAGCCCUCAUUGAACGAAACAAAAUUCAAAGUGGAAAGCAAUCUUAUGAUGGUAAGGAAUAUGGGAAUACCUGUAGUUCUUCCUCAUCCCUCAGUAAACAUAUAAGUAUUGACAGUGAAGUGAGGCCCUAUGAAUGUAAGGAAUGGGGGGAAGCAUUUAGUAAGCCCUCAGAGCUGACUGGCCAUAUAAGAACUCACAGUGGAGAGUGGCCUCAUGAAUGUAAGGAAUGUGGAAAAGCCUUUAGUUGUGCUUCAUCCCUCACUACGCAUACAAGAACUCACAGUGGAGAGAGGCCUUAUAAAUGUAAGGAAUGUGGGAAAGCCUUUCGUUACUCUUCAUCCCUCAGUAAACAUAAAAGAAUUCACAGUGGUGAGAGGCCUUAUGAAUGUAAGGAAUGUGGGAAAAAAUUCAGCCGGUCCUCACACCUCAUUACACAUAUAAGAACUCACAGUGGAGAGAGGCCUUACGAAUGUAAGGAAUGUGGGAAAACAUUUAGCCGGUCCUCACACCUCAUUACACAUAUAAGAACUCACAGUGGAGAGAAGCCUUACGAAUGUAAGGAAUGUGGGAAAGCCUUUAGUUGUGCCUCACACCUCACUACUCACAUAAGAACACACAGUGGAGAGAGGCCUUAUGAAUGUAAGGAAUGUGGGAAAGCCUUUAGCCAGUCCUCAAAUCUCAUGAACCAUGUAAAAACUCACAGUGGAGAGCGGCCUUAUGAAUGCAAGGAAUGUGGAAAAGCCUUUAGUCAGUUGUCAAAGCUGACUGGCCACAUAAGAACUCACAGUGGAGAGCAGCCUUAUGAUUGUAAGGAAUGUGGGAAAUCUUUUUGUGAUUCUUCUAGCCUCACUACACAUAUAAGAACUCACAGUGGAGAGAGGCCUUAUAUAUGUAAGGAAUGUGGAAAAGCCUUUAGCCAGUCGUCACACUUGAUCAACCACAUAAGAACUCACAGUGGAGAGCGGCCUUAUGAAUGUAAGGAAUGUGGGAAAGCAUUUAGCCGGUCCUCACACCUCACUAACCAUAUAAGAACUCAGAGGGGAGAGAGGCCUUAUGAAUGUAAAGAAUGUAGGAAAGCCUUUAGUUGGCGCUCAGCCCUCAAUACUCAUAUAAGAACUCACAGAGGAGAGAAGCCUUACAAAUGUAAGGAAUGUGGGAAAGCAUUUAGCCAGUCCUCCCACCUGAUCAACCAUGUAAGAAUACACAGUGGAGAGCGGCCUUAUGAAUGUAAGGAAUGUCUGAAAGCCUUUAGCCAGGCCUCUUCUCUAAUUCAACAUAUAAGAACACACAGUGGUGACAGGCCUUAUGAAUGUAAGGAAUGAGGGAGCAUCUUCAGCUCUCUUUGCCGUUUCAAAUGUGAGAAGGUGCGCUGAAGAGAAAUACACAUGACACGUGACAGAUCCUGUAAAUGUAAAAGGCAAGGAAAGCCUUCAGUGGCUGUCCCUCCUUAGAACCGCUGUGAUACCGCACACACUGGAGAGACUCUUCGACUGUAAGCAAAGAAAUUCUUCAGUUGUAGCACAAGACUUUGGUUAAGUAUCAAAUGUUAUUUUGGUUCUGUUAUAUAAAAAUCGUCUUUAUUAAAAAAUCUCAUCAACCCUUCGUGGUACAAACCACAUGUGGUUUUAUCAGCAUGUUUUUAAGGUUUUUAUUUAUACUUUUUCACAUUAUAAAGCAGUAUGUUCUCUUUGUGGAAAUUUUGAUUUUAACUGAAAAUUAUAAGGAAAAGCAAAAAUCACUCAGAAUCCCACCACUUGUUAUUUUGGGUAUUUUCUCUUGGCCAUUGUAUGCAGAGCAGUGUUUCUGAAAGAAUCUGGAUGAUACCCUCUGUGUAGUGUUUUCAUUGAUUUCCUUAACAUUUUCUGCAACUGCAGUUGAUCCCUAGUUUGCCACUGAGGAAACUGCCCAGAAGACUUUAACCUACAUCUCACCAUUUCUCAAAAAUGUCUCAAAUGGUGCUGUGAGAGGCAGGAUUGUCACUGAAGGAGGGGCCACACUGGGGAUACAAAGAGAUGGUGGGCCUGCCCAGACCCACAGCCUGACCUAGAUGCAGUGGAGCUUCUGUCCAGCACAGGCACAGAACCGUAUCUUGAAAAAGCCCUGCUUUUGUUAAUUUUGUAGUUCAAGGAGAGAAUGCACUGAGCCAGGAGUUGAGGCUGCAGCUGCUGAACUGGGCUGUACCGGUGACUACUGCUCCACCUGGGUGCACACCUGCUGCAGGGCCUGGAGAUUAUCACAGAGCUCCUCUGCCCCACAGUGAACUGGAACCGUGUUCCUUGACUUCCGUAUAAGGGGCUUGGAAAAUAGUGACUACAGGUAGCAAAAGCCUUCAAAAAGGCCUCACAUUGACCUAGAAAUUCUUUAAGAAUCAUCCUAUGGAAAUCCUUGGGCACCGUAGUGGUACCUUGAUAAUUGUGGUAGAUUGUGGAAAUAGUGAGAGGUGGAAUGAUGUCAGUGUCCAUCAGGAAGGGAGUUUUUAGAUAAAUGCCUGGCUACAUGUCACACUGUUGUACUGCCACUAAAAGAAUUUCUUCAGAAAAAUUUAGUCCACAGGUAAAGCAGUCAUAGUUUAAUGUGUGAUAGGACAGGUGAUAUGGAUUUAAUUAUGUCCUCCAAAAAUGUGUGUAUUCACUUGAUUAGGCCAUGAUUCCCAGUAUUCUGUGGUUGUCCUCCAUUUUGUGGUUGAAAUUUUAUGUUAAAGAGGAUUAGGGUGGGAUUGUAACACCCUUACCAGGUCACAUCCCUGAUCCAAUGCAAAGAGAGUUUUCCUGGGGUGUGGCCUGCACCCACCUUCUGUCUCUCAAGAAAUGAAAGGGAAGCAGGCAGAGAGUUGGGGACCUCAUGCCACCAAGAAAGCAGUGCCGGGAGCGGAGCAUGUCCUUGGGACCUGAGGUUCCUGCGCUGAGACGCUGCCAGACCAUGGGAAGAGUGAUGACAAGGACCUUCCUCCAGAGCUGACAGAGAAGAAUGACUUCCACUGGAGCUGAUACCCUGAAUUUGGACUUGUAGCCUAACUUCUGUCUGUUAAAGCCAUCUACUUGUGGUAUUUCUGUUACAGCAGGACUAGACAACUAAGACAGCAGGUAUAAAAUAGUGUGUACAUAAUGUUGGCAGUUUUAUAAAAAAUGUGUAUAUACAGACAGAUCAGCCUGUAGAGAUCUGUCCCAAAGGUGAAACUAAGUGAUCUCUUUACUCUGUCUGCUUCUCCCUAACUGCAAACUUUGGCAGUGAUUGUUCAUUUCUUUUACAAUUUUAAAUUUAAAAAUAUUAAUUUGGUUUUGGGAGGUACAGUAUCACUUUUGACAAAUAUAUGAAGUCAUAUAACAAGUGCUACCAUGAAAAUACACAACAGCUCUCAUUUUCCUCCAAAAAAUUCCCUAGUGCAGCCACUUUUUUUUCAGUCAUGAACUCCUGACACCUGCCCGUGUCCGUGUCAUGCUGUCUGUAGUUUUUUGAUUCUGGCUCCUGUCAUUUACUGCAAAGAACUUGAGUUUGCCCAGUGUUGGUGAACGUACUGAUUGUUCCUUUUUAUUGCUGUGUAGUAUGUUGUAUAGAUACUCCACAGAUUGUGUAUUUAUCAGGCUAAAAAUAUUUGAGUUUACAGUUUUUUUUGGUUUUUGUCUUUUUGAAUAAAACUGUUACCAACAUUCAUGCACAGGGUUUGAAGUGGACAUAAGGUUUAAUUUUUCUCAUCUGUAUCCCUAUGACUGGGAUUGCUUUGUCCUGGUAAAUGUAUGAUUACCUUCAUAAGAAACUUCCAGUCUGUUUCUCAAAGGGGCUGUGCCAUUUUAUAUUGCACCAAAAGCCUGUAAUCCCAAUUGCUGCUGCAAUCUGGAGAGGCAGCUUUCUAGAGGAAUAAAACACAGUCUGUUUGCCUCUGGCUUUAGGGGAGGGAUUUGGCUUGGCAGCUCACCUGACAGACAUCCCUGUAUUUGUGAGGACAACGUGUGGAUGUAGCACCUGGAUUAGUCCUCAGGCCCAAGUGUAUGGAGCUCAGGCUGUGCCACUCGUGCCCAAAGAGAGCUGGAGGAAACCUGCAGUGUCAGAAUGCUGUGGCUGCGGGAAUCCUCCACUGGACAAUCCACACAGAGCAAAGUGGGGACAAAGAUGCCCUCUCCAGGAGCCUGGCAGGUGAUCUCACAGGAACCAGGAAUGAAAGCCCUUUGUGCACUGAUAACUGGCCCAGGAGAAAGGUAAGGCCCAGCUCCAUUAUCACAGAUGAGGCAAAAAUGGGAUACUGUAGCAGAAGCAAUAAAUUAAUAACCAGGACAGAGGUCAAGGUGUAGCUUUUUAUUUUGUUGGUUUUCCAUCAGUAAUAAGCCUCGUCUUAGCGAUGUCAAAGCUUAGUUCUUGAUUCCCAAUGUGCUCCCCCUUCCUGGAGGAGCUUAAAGUUUCUGCCCUCUGGGCCUGUCUGCCUCUCCUACCAAUCCUCUGACUAACCAGACGCAGCAAAAUCUGAUCUGACCAGUGAAAGGGCACAGCUCUAGAGAGCCAAGUGUGCCUAGGAUUUCCGACACCGACCAUAAAUCUGGGGGCUUGUGGAAUCACCCAGCUUUCCAACUAACUGGCUAAAAUUCAGUUGUCCCCACAAGUCCCUCAGGUUCAAUAAGUUGCUAGGAUGAUGAAGAACUUAGAAAGUGCUAUACUUCCAGUUUGAAAACAACAGAAAGGAUGCAGAUCAGGACCAGCAUACAGCAAAGCUACACAUGUCGAGGUUUGGCAGCGUGUCCAAUCUGGCGUUCUCAAAUCUCAAGCACACCUUAGUUCUUCCCUCCUCCUGCCCAGGUGUGUCUAUCACCAACCAGAAAGUUUACUCAAAAUGCAGCGUGCGGAGCGUUAUUAGGGUUUCGUUAUGCAGACAUGACUGAACCAUUGAUCAUAAGUUUGAACUUGGUCUCCAGCCCAGUCCCCUUCCUGGAGUUCACGUGGAGGUAGUGCUGAUAUCACAUGGAGGGUCUUUUGAAUCCUUUAAUCACCUCUUUAUGAUAUGUUACACAGUGUGCUCUGACAUCUUUUCUAAACAUCAUCGCCAUUGCAAUUAUUCAGGAAAUUCUUUGUAUAAUUUUUCACCACGCGAGACUGCUUAUCUCUUCUCCGUUUUUUUUCUUUUUUUAAUUGUGCUUUAAAUGAACGUUGACAAUUCAAGUCAGUUUCUCAUACAAAAGUUACGCACACACUGCUAUGUGACCCUAGUUGCUCUCCCCAUAAUGUGACAGCACACUCCUUCUCUCCACCCUGUUUUUCUGUGUCCAUUCAACCAGUUACUGUCCCCUCUGCCUUUUUAUCUCACCCCCAGACAGGAGCUGCCCACAUAGUCUCAUGUGUCUACUUGAGCCAAGAAGCUCACUCCUGACCAAUGUCAUUUUAUGUCUCAUAGUUGAGUCUAAUAUUUGUCUGAAGAGUUGGCUCAGGAAUGAUUUCAGUUUUGGGCUAACAGUCCGGGGGCCGUGGUUUCUGGGGCCCCUCGAAUCUCAGAUCAUUAAGUCUGGUCUUUUUACUAGAAAUUGAGGUCUGCAUCCCACUUUUCUCCUGCUCCCUCAGGGAUUCUCUGUUGUAUUCCCUGUCAGGGCUGUCAUUGGUGGUAGCUGGGCACCUUCUAGUUCUUCCCGUCUAAGGCUGAUGGAGUCUCUGGUUUAUGUGGCCCUUUCUUUGUUUUGGGCUCAUAUUGUCCUCGUGUCUUUGGUGUACUUCAUUCUCCUGUGCCCCAGGUGGGCUGAGACCAGUUCGUGCAUCUUACAUGGCCACUUGCUAGCUUUUAAGACCCCAGAUACCACUCACCGAAGUGGGAUGCAGAACAUAUUUUUUAAUGCCCUUUGUUGUGCCAGUUGAGCUACGCAUCCCCUGAAUCCAUGGUCCCUAGACCCUUUCGUCAGCUACUGUGUCCCUUGAAGUGUUUAGUUGUAUUCAGAAAAUGUCUUAGCUUUUGGUUAGUCCAGUUGUGCUGACUUCUGUAUUGU